CACCGAAAGUAGACUAGGCCUAGUUACUAACAACGUUUUUUUUUUCCAGAAGUCCUAGAAACUUCUAGUCUAGCGCUAGUUUAGUGUUAAGUUUAGCAUCGACUGCAUUGACCUGUGCUACAAUCGUCAUCAUCUCGAUUUAGAUUUAGAUUGAAAAGAAAAUGUCUAACCAAGAACAGUCUAACCCUGCCCCGGUGAAGAAUUUAAAAGGUCUAUUGAGAUUUUGUAUGGAGGCCACUAGAAGUGAAGAUGCGCCCAACUCCUCCAAUCCAGAAAUAUUUGAAGCAAUGACAGAAGAUAGAAAGAAAUGGCUGGAAGAGGCGCUGACGUCCAUGACAGUGAGCCCUGUGGAGCGCAUGCAGCUGUGUGUCAAGUCUAUAGAGGAAGCUGUGCCAGACACUGAGGCAGGCACUGAGCAGCAGGUGCAGGCUAUAACAGAGCUCCAGGACUGGGCAGAGGAUCUGGACAUAGCUGGAGAUUUCAUCAAAAUCAAUGGACUUCGUGUAGUGCCUAAGCUCCUGAGCAGUGAGGUGAGUGAGCUAAGGUGGAGGUGUCUGGAGCUGCUGGGUAACAUCGCACAAAACAACCCCACUGGUCAGACCGCGCUUCUGACCUUAAAACUUCUUCCUGCCAUUCUCAUGCUGGUGGACACAGAUCCUAACCCACUGGUGCAAGUUAAAGCCCUCUAUGCUGUCUCAUGUCUAGUACGCAGCAACUCAGAAGCCCAGCUCCAGCUGAUGGCCUACGAUGGUCUCAGUGUUCUGGUCAGGGCCCUACACAGUGAGGAGGAGAAGCUGAGGAUGAAGGCAACUUUCUUGAUGUCAGCCAUUUGUAACUCUAAUCCAGCUCUCAAAGACAGCCUAGUCGAGGCUGGGGUCAUAGAACAGCUGGUCUCCCUGCUGAAGGAGGAACACGACUCGUCACACGAACACAUCCUGUCUACCAUGCUGACCAUAGUUGCUGACCACGCUACAGCGCAGAAGAAAUGCCGAGGUUUAGAUAUCCCAACACUCCUGUGUCAGAAGAUUCGUUCAUUAGAUGGCCAGGACCAGUUUAAGGAAGAAAAAGAUUACGCUGAGCAAAUUUUGGAAGUUUUGAACCAGCCACCGCGGGGUGACACUGCCACGUCAGCUGGCACAAACCAGUUGCUUGAUUGCGAUGGAUUCUAAAAAUAGCCAUUGCUGCUUGUGAUAUGAACUUUUUCUGUUGCCCAAGUGCGCUGAAGGUUUGAAUUCCUCCAGUUGAUAGACCACUGGCUAGAUUUGAUAUUAUGUUUUUAGCUUUCAUCAGAUUUUAUGGUGGAAUAAAUUAAUGCAAACAUU